ACGUUGUCAACUAAAAACGACGUAGCAGCAUCACAGUCCAAGGAAGGCCAUGAAGGGGUCUCGUCUUCUUAUUUCCUUGUUCUCUCCUCCUUCCUCCACCACUACUCCUCACUCGCGACCUUCUCACGCGUCACUGUGUUGCUUUAAUUUCUCCACACUCGCUUUUCCAACCCUUCAUUCUCAUCUUCGCUUCUCUACCAAAUCCUCUCACCGACGACAUCUACGACCACCAUCCACCAUGCCCUCCGGCGACUUCCGACCACUAUUUCCGAGUCUUCCGACAGAACUCAUAGACGAUUCCGAUUUCGAUAACAUCGUCUCUCCAGAGGGACUCGUAUCCGUCUGUGGCUUUGGUUCUCUUCUCUCCGAGAGGAGUGCGAGGAGUACAUUCCCCAAUUUGAUCAACUUCAGAGUCGCGAAAUUGAACGAUUUUCGGCGUGUUUUUGCCCAUGUUACUCCGAUUUUCUUCGAACGUGGCAUCGCCAAUCCCGAAACCAAGGAAAUUUCGAGCUUAAGUGUGGAGCCUUGUGAAGGUGAAUCCCUUAUAGUGACUGUUUUCGAGAUUCAGAGAUCAGAGAUUCCUGCGCUUGUCGAGAGGGAGCAUGAGUUUCGCUUUUUAGCUGUGAUACCUGAGACAUUAAAUGGGCUGUUGUAUACAAGUGCUGCGGUGCUUUGUACACGUUAUAGUGAUGAAGAAUACUUUCAAAAUAGAUGCAAAGGAAACCAAGACAUCUACUAUGAGCGGUAUGGCCAGUUUGACAUUCACAAGAUUUGGCGAGAUGAUAUCUUACCUUGCCGUGUUUAUCUUCGGCACUGUGUACUGGCAGCAAAGAACCUUGGCGACACAGCCUAUGACAAUUUUCUGGAUCAUACUUUCCUUGGUGACAGAAAGACAACCAUUCGUAAGUACUUGGCUACAAAAGGUUUGGGCAUAAUGGAAGAGGAACCUCCAGAAAUGUUAAAGAGCCGAUAUGGUGGUUGACUUUAACGAUUUCACACACUAUCUACAGCCGCAAAAUUUUUUAUUUGUAAUUCUUUACCUUAUUUGAAUAUGGGAAUGAUGUAAUUAAUCUUGUUGGCUUAGGGGUCAGGAUACUGUUAUGCUAACUAGGAAAGUGUGAGUUUUCAAGCUUCUAGGGCAAUUUUUAUUUUUGGGAAGAACAUUGGAGAUUCUCAUUGGUUUCUAUGUCAUACAAUUUCUGAUCUUCUCACGUUCU